AUGCCUCGGCGGAUCCGCAUCGAAGCGGUUCCAAGAACCCCUAGAGCUUUUACCUGUAGUUGCGACGCAACCACGAAGUCACUAGACUGCGAGGUGGCUCCUGCGCCUUCAGAUACCAAGGAAAAUUAUAAAACGCCAUCCUCCACUGGUCCUAUACCUGUUGCUCGCAACUCUAACGAUUUACGGCGUUUCGGGUCCUUCGAAGCUAAGGCACAAGCCGUACUUAACAGUCCUCUGAUUGAAAUAAGACCUCGUCGCUCUCUAAAUGCGGUAAACAGUGGUAUUCACUUGUCGCGUACCGAAAAUAAAGGCGCUGACUUUCAUACACCUCUGAGACUCCCUAGCCGACGUGACCUUACUUCUGUAACUUCCCGCAGACUUUCCCAUAUAACGCUUGGAGGAAUGCCUGCUUCAGUUCCCCUAGCUAAAAGUCGUGCCUCCUGCGUUACUCUCAAUGCACCUUGUCCCAAGUUGCUAAAGACCGUUACUCGUAAUUCUGAACCAAAUGACGGCAAACUAUCAACGUCCACACCUUUCUCAAGAACUGUAGAGCCAAGUUUAACUACGCCGAAGGUCGCUGUUUUGCAUCCAUCUCAAAGCUAUCACAAAUAUGCAGAGUCUAAGGACGAAUCACCCUCAGCAGUUACAAGCGAUGAUGACGUUGAAGACAGAACUGGUGAUGAUCCAGAGACCGACGAUGAUUUAGAAGGCAAUGUCCAUCCAGAUCAUUCAGAGUUGCACCCAGUCAAAAAUGAACCUGGAAAAAACGAGUCAUAUCUCGUUUCCCCACAGGCUUCUAAAUCUGAUUCUUUGGCUAUCAUGGAUGAAUCCAAUUAUCUUGAGAGUCCGCACGAUGUGGAGAUUCUCUCUGAUGAAAGCCGACUAUCCUCCAUUUCACUUCGCAAAUUCAAGCUACUGGUAAACGUGGAACUUUCCAGGAUUCAAUCUCUUUGUGGCGAAUGGCUUUCUGUCCUUCAUGAAGAAGAAGAACGUAUCCCUGAAUCGGGUGUGGAUACAAUAAGAGCAAAUGUCGGCAAGGCAAAGCUUCUUCUCGAUAAAAAAUUCAACUUCUUCGUCGGACUCCUCGAUACUGCCCUGCUGCAACUAGAUGAAUCGCAGACAGUUGAAACUCCUACCAAUUUAAAUGAUUUAAUUGGAUACUGGAGUUUAGUAAGUCUUUGUUCCUUUUAUUAUUUCAUAUAUCAGUCUUAUAUUGCUAUAUUUUAA